GAUCCCGAGCUCGUUGAUCUAUAUUUCCAUGUAAGCAUGGCUGGAUAUCUGAUUAUCUCUUUCAGGUUUCCUAAUCAUUUCUCAAACAUGUAAUCCAAUCUGAACCUUAAAAGCCGUUGCUGCUCCACUUGAGGACUGUGAUCAUAGCUAACUAUAUGAAUGCAAAUUUUUAGUUGUACAAACAAAAUGUAUUUAUCUUCAAUAUAUAGAUUAUUGUAUUGAUUAUAUGUAUAAAAUGAUGAAAAAUUUAAUUAAAAUUGAUUUAAGUUGGUUUUAAUAAUACUAGUACUUUAUUUUGUAUAUAACUCAAUGGGGAGAUAAGUUGAUGUAACUGACCUCAGCUAGUUGGUGCAAAUAAGACUUGAUGAUGAUACCACGUCUUUAGAGCUAUAUGUGCAACGUGCUAUUGUUGCUUUGAAUUGUGACUUAGAAGCCGUUAAUUUAACAUUGGCUUAGUAAUUCAAGAGCAAGUCCAGUUGCAUCGAGAUCAGUUGUUUAUUCCCUCUUUGAUUGGCUAGAAGGUAUGUUUUGACGCUUGACGGCAGCACUGUAUUUUUUCUGUUCGCUUAAUUCACAAGGUGCCUUUUGAGAAUUGUUAAUCUCAGCUUCUGAACAUCGCAGAAACUUCAAGUAAUUGAUGACAUUAUAAAACUUGAUGCUGUAUGUGUCAUGGGUGGUGCAGUUUGAACUUUGAAGCAUUGUAAUCUUUGUACAUAAUCAUUAUGUUCAUACUGCCAAUAAAGUAUUAUCUGAUUAGAUUUAGCUCUCCUUAUAUGAGAUCAUGUUUUAUGCAAUGCUAAAAUCUGUAAAAAAUAUACUGAUAAUUUUGGUGAAAUGAAGAGGUUCCAGGUCAAAAUUAUAAACAGAGAUAUAAGCUAAGCUGUCUUUCCCUGUUAAACCAGCUCUUAAGCGACAUGGCCUCCUUUGGACUGAUGUGGAUUAUGAAUGUCAUUUAAAUUAAGUUCUCUUGUUAGAUCUUUAGAUAAAUUGGCAAAUCCAAGGCAAAUGAGACAUCCAUGAAUAUAGUCAGUGCUUGGUAACCUUUUUGGAAUCUAUGUCUAUUAUAUAGAGCUUUGGAGACAAAUUUACAAAUUUUGAUUUGUCUAUGAAAUUUUGAUUAUUAAGAUAUGACUGUUCUUCAAGUAGUCAAGUUCUUCCAGUAUUAAAAUUAUACUGGAUAUGUAUCUCUUACAUUCACUAACUUUGAGAAAGAAAAGUUGAUCUCUAGUUUAUAAACUACUGCAAUUUUGUCAAACCAUUUCAUGAACCAUCUACUUCUAAUUUAUCAUGAUUCAGUAAGAUGAAUUUUUAAUUUGGAAGUUUAAUUCGCCCUAUUAAUUAUUGGUAGUUGAACUGAGAGCGCAAACUGCCUAAGCAUGGUUGUAUCCAUGUAAUACAAGUAUAAUGAAUUUCCUGCAUUGCAGUUUUGAGAAGUCCCCUAGACACAGUACAUAUGUUGCAAGGUUUGAAGCAGAGCUAGCACAAUGGUGUGAGAAGCUGCAUGCAACACAGGUGAUGGAUUUAGAUAGGAAAGUUAGACGUGGUCGUGAGCGAUUAGAACAAGAGGUAGAGGCAACACCUGCUCCAAUCCCUACUGAAAAAUCUGAACAUCUCUCAGUGUUAGAAGAAAAGAUCAAGAAACUUCUCGAGCAAAUCGAGUCUCUUGGUGAAGCAGGGAAGAUAGAUGAAGCUGAGGCACUUAUGAGAAAAGUGGAUAUGCUUAAUGCUGAGAAGACAGCUUUUUCCCAACAAUCAGCAACUGAUAAGGUUUUGAUGCUUCCACAAGAGAAGAAAAUGGCAUUAUGUGAUAUUUGUGGCUCAAUUUUGGUAGCAAAUGAUGCGGCUGAGCGGACACAAACACAUGUUUUGGGAAAGCAGCAUAUUGGUUAUGGGAUGAUCCGGGAUUUUCUUAGUGAGUUCAAGGCUGCUAAGGAAAAAGCAAAGGAAGAAGAUAGACUAGCUAGGGAGAGAGAAGCAGAAGAGCUGAGGAAACAAAAGGAAAAUGAUCAUGGCAGUAGGGUCAGAGGGACUGAUCUGGGUGAGAGAGAAAGGUCUAGAGAACGUGAGCAUGGACGCGAUCGGUUUAGAGAUCGGGGCGCUGAGCGAGAAAGAUCAAGGGGGGAUUGGAGUGGACGAGGAAGCAGGGAUCGAGGAAGAGAAUCAGAUCGUCGGAUUGACUAUCGCAGAAAUGGGAGGGAAUCCAACAGGGACAGGUUUAGAGACAGGUCUGGAGCACGAAGCAGAUCCAGAUCUCCUGCCAGGCAUAGCCAUAAAAGAUCAAGAAGUCCUGUUCUUCGAUAGUAGCCAUUAGUAUAACCCAUUUGUCGCCUAUUGUAACCAAACAGCUGGUCAUUCUCUAGUUCCAUAAUCAUUUUUCUUUGGUACUAGGUAACUCUUUUAUUUGAAGAUCAAUUUUGCUACUAUAAAGCCUUUGAAUUUAUAUCCA